CUUCUCCACAGCUUCUUCAAGGGCGUGUUUGCUUUUUUCCUUAAAUUUGCUUGGCUCCACCCACCUCUGAAGAGGUGUCGAAAAGCAGGAAGAGUGUCCUGCAAGAUAAGAGCGGGCUAAGCGUGUUUCUUUGCUGUUGCCGGCACGUUCGAAGGAGUGAGGCUUGACGAUUUGCCUAUCAGAGAAUUGCCAACUUUAAUUUUUGUUUGUGUGUGUAAGGUUUAGCAGUCAGGUUUGUGCUACAGUGUUCCUUAAGAUGGAAUCUCCUGGAAUAGCUUUAAUUGCUUGGGUGCUUGCCUGCCUUCCUGGCCCAUCAGCUGGAUACCCAGAUGGCAAAGUGGAAGAGGCUUGCAAUAGUAUGAUGCCUCUUCAUGGACACUCUUCGCCUCAGCAAUUUCUGAAGCACACCAUUGAAGUAAAUGUGACAGAAUUUAAACCGGGCGAUCAUGUGAAAGUUACUUUGUCUGGGCCUGUCUUUGAAGGCUUUUUUCUACAAGCUCGCGAUGCUGCGAACCUGGGGGGCCCUGCCAUUGGCUCAUUUGCCCUAGCCAACAAGAAAAUAUCUCAGCUCCUCACUUGUGGGCGAGCCAAGAAUUCAGCUGUUAGCCAUCGAAGUAAAUCCAAGAAAACCCAUCUAGAUGCCUAUUGGAUUGCUCCUAGAAAUGCACCAAAGAGAAUACAAUUUCUAGUAACUGUUGUAGAAAAAUUUAGAAUAUUUUGGGUGAAAAUUCCUGGUCCUACAAUCUCCCAGCCCAAUACACCAACCUUGCCAACACCCAUGGCUACUGAUGUGACCGCUCCAACAUCUUCACCCAUUUCUCAUCUAACCCAACCAUUCAGUGCUUCAGACUGUGGAAGUAAGAAAUUCUGUGUGAGAAACCCUUUGAGCUGUGAUCCUAAAGCCAAUGACUGCUUCUUUCUGUCCUUCAAACAAGAUCAUGAUUUGAUGUUGGUUGAAAUGAGUGGACCUAGUGAUGGCUAUGCUGCGUUUGCAUUGUCUCAUGAUCAGUGGAUGGGUGGUGGUGAUGAUGCCUACCUCUGCAUUGGUGAAGACCAUCAUGUAGAAAUCAAGACAGCCUCUUUAAUUGGACGAGCCUAUCCAGAGUUUGAUUCAGAGGCUGCUCUGGAUGAAAUGUCAUGGAGGCUGGCUGAUGGCCUUAUCCAGUGUUCUUUCAGAAGAAGAAUUCGCCUUCCUGUUCUUAAAGGGAGGUUUAACCUGGAUGCAGACUACUACAUAUUUCUGGCAGAUGGUGAAGUCAGUGAAGGAGGUACAAUCCACAAACACUACAGACAGCCUCUGAUCACAACUGGCAAGUAUAAUGUUACUGGACCUGCAAAGGAUGUUGGAGGAUCCCGCUCCCCGUUUCUCAUCAAGACCCAUGGUGCAUUAAUGUUUGUUGCAUGGAUGACAACAGUUAGCAUUGGUGUGAUUGUUGCCCGAUUCUUCAAGCCUGUCUGGCCUAAUUCAUUGCUGUUUGGAGAAGAGAUCUGGUUUCAGGUCCAUCGUAUACUGAUGAUCGUGACAGUGUUGCUUACGAGCGCAUCUUUUGCUCUUCCUUUUGUGUAUCGAGGAGGCUGGAGUGAACAAGCAGGCUUUCAUCCAUAUCUUGGCUGUACAGUGAUGGCGCUAGCAAUCGUUCAGCCCCUUAUGGCAGGGUUCAGACCACCUCCUCAAGCACCAAGAAGACAAAUCUUUAACUGGUUACACUGGAGCACUGGCACAACUGCUAGAAUAUUAGCUGUGGUAGCAAUGUUCCUCGGAAUGGAUUUGCCAGCUCUCAACCUUCCAGAUCCAUGGGAUACCUAUACAAUGAUGGGAUUUGUAGCUUGGCACGUUGGCACUGAUGUUCUUCUGGAGAUACAUGGCUACUGUCUCAUUCGCAAAGUUGAAGUGUUAGAAGAUGACAGGAUACAGAUUUUGCAGUCUGUUACGUCGGCGGAGGCGCAGGGUCAUACCUUUAAAAAGACUGUGCUGAUCAUCUACAUUUGUGGCAAUAUAGCAUUUCUCAUCACCUUCCUGACAGCAAUUGUACAAGUAUGAAAAUGAAGACAACUUUAAUAUUCUGAAGAGCUUGAAAUUGGAUUGCUGGAGACAUGUUCACAGUCCACAGCAGAAGGGCUAUCUGUAAACAAAACACUUUUUCCAAUGUCAGGAUUUAAGAAAUCUUGUACAAAUCUAGUCCUUGUUAAACAGCUACUGAAGGGCACAAUUAGACAUUUCAUAGCAGAUGUAUUGUCCCAACCUAGUUAGAACCUGCCUUGGCCUCUACCAUGACUGAACAGCUCAUUUCCACGUUUGUCCAUCAGGAUUCUGUAGCUUCAUCGGUCACAUCAAGGCUCAAAGGAGAGGAUCUUGCUUUUGAGAAGAUGGUCCUGGUUUCAGGGUCACUGUCUGUUUGGACUGGACUGCCUAUCACUGCACAUGGUUGUCUGUCUGUCUGUCCAUCUUCUAAUGGGUCAAUAUGUACUUGUCAUACUUGGAUAGUGUCCACUUACAACCACCAUCAUUACAGUGCAGGGGAACAAGGAGCUCCAUGUGCUUAUGGUUUGUAGGCUGGAGGAUGGCUUAUGGUCUACACCUCCGUUUCCCCCCGCCCCUAUCCUGAGCACAGAUGCAGAUAGUCAUUGCUCCAGUGUGAUGAAGCUAGGCCUAAAGAAUAAUGGCAACCACAAGAGGCUCUAUUUUUGUGACAGGGUUUCAGAUGAGACUGUGAGGCGCUCUAUUUUAAGGGUGCCUAAUAUGUAGGGAUUGCCGCAGCUACACUUUGAAACAAUUUUGUGAAUUGAGGGGGAACAACAUUAAUAGAAUCCAAUUAGGGAUCAGAUGUCUGACAGAAAUGGCUUCAAUUGAUAUUUCUUCUGAGGAUUGUGUUUGAUACAAAGUUCUUGAAAUUCAGAAGCUCUCUUGGUGGAUUUUGUGGUGGUAAGGGUAAAAGAAUACACUGAUGGAAGUUUGACCACCCUCUGUCCUUUGAAGCCUCCAGUGUUCUUUAAUGUGGAGGAAGAUCAUGCACCUCUCUCUUCACUUUAGAGCUUCUUCAAAAGGUAGCUAAGUCACUAUGCCAGAAAGUUCUCUAGAACUAGUGUUCACAUCUGUUUAAUGAAUGAUUGGCAUAGUGGCAUCUAAUUAUCCAGUGGAUGCCUCUGCAAACAGAGGUGGCCAGGUGCUUUUUGCCAGUUCCAGAGGUUGAGGGGUCCUUCCAGAACAGCAUGGAAGAUGGAUUAGGAGGAAGAGGGAAUAGGCAAAGAUCACCUGCUCUCAUCCAUUUGCAGAAGCUUCCACUAGAUCAAAAACCCUUUCUAUGAAUGAAAGGACAUAACUUUGUAGUUUAUAUAAUCUUCCACAGUGAUCAUUAGAUUUCUUACUCCGUGUCCAUGAAGAAGGAUCCAACAGAUACUGCUUUCACUCCUUGCCACACUUCAUACAAAUCAAGUGUUAGACUAUUUGCACUGAUUCUAUAGUAAUGGAUUACAUUCCAGUGCUUACUUUUUUAUCCUUUAUGUGAGUGUGAAUUACAUAAAUUUUAAAAAGGUUUGGCUUGUGUAUUGAACAGACUUGUACUCUCUGUAGAAUUUUAAAGUGGCUGAUUUAAUCUUAAAACAGAAUUAAUAGUUUGAAAAUUUGCCUUAUCAAA